UUAUGAAAUGCAAGACGAAGAUGGAUAUAUGAACAACGAAAGAAACGAGAUCAACGAAGCAGCGAAAAUAAAUGUUAACGAGAAGAAAACUGAGAAUAAAGUGGUACGAAAUGGAAACGAAGGAAAUAAUCAAGAGAAAUUUAAACAACUAAUGGCCGAGACGACAUACGAAAGUGAGAACAAAGAAUAUGUACAAGAAGUACAUACGAUGACUACAUCUGCAACUAAGCCGAAAGUUAAUAAAGGAAUUUCAUAUGAACAAAAUCUGACCAAAAUUAAGCAGGACUACGAAGACAUGAAAUGGGAUUUAAUGAUGCGAGAAGUGGAACUUUUAAAAAGGGAACUACGAAUUUCAACGAAGGAAAACGAAAUAUUAAAUAUGACCAAAAACGAAAAACCAGCCGAUACACUAAUCAACAAAAAUAUCCCGUUUACUCAUCUUAAGGAUUUAGUGUCAGAAUUUGACCCUAUGGAUGGUGAUACCGACAUUCACCUAUUUAAAAAGCAAAUUAUAUCUGUGCAAAAUAUUUAUCAACUUGAUGAUCACAGUGUACGUGCAUUAAUUUCCAAUCGUUUAAAAGGAAAAGCUUCCAAAUGGCUACAGAGCUGCUCAGAGUCGAUGACAAUGCCAGUAAAUGAAUUGCUUUAUGAAAUGGAAAACAUUUUUGAUAAUCGUGAGUCUCAACUUGUAAUGAAACGUAAGUUUGAAAAGAAAAUUUGGCAAAGUGAUGAAUCAUUUCAAGAAUAUUUCUACGAAAAACUUAUAUUAUCAAAUAAAAUAAAUAUAAGUCAAGAAGAACUACUGGGUUAUGCGCUACGCAACCAGGCAAAAAUGCAACGAUUUUUAAAUACAGCUGAGUUAUUGGAUGCUUUUAAGAAAAUUCAAUUGAAGCAGAUUUUUGUCAACAACAACAACAAAGUUACGCUCCAGGCAGAUACCAAUAAAUCUGCAAUUGUAAUUAAGUGCUAUAAUUGCAAUUCAAAGGGACACAUGGCCAAUGAAUGUCGCAAAAGCAAGAGGGAACCUGGAUCCUGUUUCGUCUGCGCUGAGAUGGGGCACACUUCAAUCAACUGUCCGAAACGCAAGAAUAUCAACCCACUGGAGAGCACAAACAAUUCAAAUUCAUUUAAACCCUAAUCGACACCGGAAGUCCCAUUUCUCUUAUACGUGAAGAACAUGUACCAACCGAAUUCAUCGAGUGUUAUAGUUUUCUUAAAAACUACUAUGGGAUAAAUAAAAGUAAACUGAUUAUCAUUGGAAUAGUUAAAUGUAAAAUCAUAUUUGAAAACCAAGAAUUUAAUAAAGAUUUUUUUGUUGUACCUAAUGAAACAAUGGAAUAUCCUGCAAUAUUGGGAACCGACUUUUUAGAAAAGGAAAGAUUUGUGUUAAUAAAAGAAAGUAAAUUAAGAUUAGAAAGCA